AUGUACUCGAUGUUUCGAGGAAGAAGGAACAUUUUCUGCAUUUCUUACUUAAAACCGUCUCUGAUUUUUCACUCCUGUUUGUUUUUUCCAGGUUCCAGUCCAGCAGUUAAAGCAUGGACCCAGUUAAGGAAUUUAAAAAUACUGAGAGGAGAGAAAUUAAAAUAUACCAGAGGAGAGAAACCGUAUCACUGCUCUGACUGUGGAAAGAGUUUCAGGCACUCAGGAGACCUUGUGAUACACCAGCGAAUUCACACAGGAGAGAAACCCUAUCGCUGCUCUGACUGUGGAAAGAGGUUCAAGUCAUCAGGACACCGUACAGCACACCAGCGAAUUCACACAGGAGAGAAACCGCAUUGCUGCUCUGACUGUGGAAAGAGUUUCAGGAACUCAGGAGACCUUUCAAAACACCAACGAAUUCACACAGGAGAGAAACCUUAUCGCUGUUCGCACUGUGGGAAGAGUUUCAGUCGGUCUGGAAAUUUUGAAUUGCAUAAGCGAACUCACAAAGGAGAGAAACCAUAUCACUGUUCUGACUGUGGGAAGAGUUUCAGUCGGUCAGAACACCUAUUAAUACAUCAGCGAAUACACACUGGAGAGAGACCGUAUCACUGCACUGACUGUGGGAAGAGUUUCAGUCGAUCGGGACAACUUGUAACACACCAGCGAAUUCACACAGGAGAGAAACCAUAUUACUGCUCUGACUGUGGGAAGAGUUUCAGGGAUUCAACAGACCUUGUAAAACACCAGAGAACUCACACAGGAGUAAAGCCAUAUCACUGCUCCGACUGUGGUAAAAGUUUCAGUCAGUCAGGACAACUUGGAAAACAUCAGCGGAUUCACACAGGAGAAAAAACGUUUCAUUGCUCUGACUGUGGGAAGAGUUUCAGUUCGUUAGCAAACCUUGUUUCACACCAGCGAAUUCACUCAGGAGAGAAACCGUAUCACUGCUCUAACUGUGGGAAAAGUUUCCGUCACUCAGCAUCCUUUGCUGUACACCGGCACAUUCACACAGGAGAGAAACCGUAUCACUGCUCUCACUGUGGGAAGAGUUUCGGUCACUUGGCAUCCUUUGCUGCACACCAGCGUAUUCACACAGGAGAGAAACCGUACCGCUGCUCUGACUGUGGAAAGACUUUCAGACGGUCGGGACACCUUGUUUCACACCGGCGCAUUCACACAGGAGAGAAACCGUACCGCUGCUCUGAUUGUGGGAAGAGUUUCAGUCAGUCAAGAUCCCUUGUUACACACCAGCAAAUUCACACAGGAGAGAAAAAAAAAAGAAAAUGUAAAUAAUGUUCCUGCAUAAAAAUAACUUUUAUCCAUUUUGCUUCCUGGCAUUUCAGCACAGCAGUGUGCUGCUGAAUAGUGUGGCUGCCCAAGCCGAGGAGACAGUCAGAACAAAUCCUUAAAUGGAAUUUACUAGUGUAACGACCUCGCCCUUAGCACAAAGCCAACCACUAUGGAGUGAUUACCUCCCUAUAUUAAAUAUAUCCCAUGACAAAAACAAGUUCGA